AUGUCUCCAUUAAACAUUGCUGUCGUCGGUACUGGUAUCUUUGCAACUGAUGCCCAUUUACCAGCCAUUCAAAAUAUUCCAAACUUAAAAGUUACUGCUGCUUAUAACAGAACUAAAGCCAAAGCUGAAGUUUUCGCUAAGAAAUCAGGUGCUGCUAAAGUUUACGAUAGUUUAGAAGAAGUGUUCGAAGAUAAAGACGUUGAUUUCGUCGAUGCUUUAUUACCAGUUCAAUAUAACUUAGAUGCUGUUAAAUUAGCCGUCAAACAUAAUAAACCAAUUGCUUUUGAAAAACCAAUUGCUGCUAAUUUAACUCAAGCUAAAGAAAUUGUUAAAAUAUCUGAAAGUACUGAUCUUCCAAUUUUAGUUUUAGAAAAUUUCACUUACUUAAAGGCACUUACCGUUAUUAAAGAUAUUAUCCCAAAAAUCGGUGAAGUUCUUUCUUUCACUUAUAGAUACACUGGUCCAUUCAAUGCUACCAACAAAUACAUGUCUACUCCUUGGAGAAUGAGUCCUGAACACGUUGGUGGUUACCUUUCCGAUGGUGGUGUUCAUCAAUUGGCCGUUUUAACUGAAGUUUUAGGUCCUGUUGAAUCUGUCAGUGCCUUAACCAAACAAGUUAGAGAAUUAAGUGGUGCUGAUGAUAUCUUAUUCUCAACUUUCAAAUUAAAGAGUGGUGUCAUUGGUACUUUUACUUAUGGUUCUGCCUUUGGUGCUACUGACAAGACCAGUACUUUCACUAUUUACGGUACUGAUGGUUCAAUUGAUUACAAUUUCUCUCCAAGUUUAACCAACCCAACCAUCACUUAUCAAACUGGUUCUUCUAAUGCUGAUCUUUCUGAAAAGACUGUCAUUGAAAUCGAAGAAAAUGCUACUAUCGAAGAAGAAUUCAAAAAUAUCGCUGCUUCUGUCGCUUCUAAAGACAAAUCAGUUCUUAAUGUUCCACCAAGAAAAGCUUUCCAUCAUUUUGCCAUUGUUGUUGCUGCUAUCGAAAGUUCAAAGAAAAACGGUACAUCUGUUACAGUUGAAACUCCAUAA